GAGCAGUGCCCGACCUAAAAGUAAUAGAUACAGAUAUAAACAUGAGCUCCGGGGAGGUUAACGCCUCCACCCUGUUGGACUUCUUCAACCAGCUGAGCUCGAAGUCGAGCAGCAGCCUGGAGAGUAUGGCCAUCAAGGAGGAACCCCUCAGUGAGGAGGAUCUCAGAGCAUUACAAAAGGAUCGCCAAAAGAAGGAUAACCAUAACAUGAUUGAGCGGAGAAGGAGAUACAAUAUAAAUGAUCGAAUAAAGGAGCUGGGCACACUACUACCGAAGGAAGACGACCAAUAUUUUGAUAUUGUCCGGGAUGUACGGCAGAACAAGGGAUCAAUACUUAAAGCAUCAGUGGAAUAUAUCCGUAAACUCAAGAUAGAUCAAGAGAGGAAAAUAUUUCUUGAAGAAAAGUGUAAACUUCAAGAAUAUCAGAAUAAGAAACUACUUCUCAAACUUCAGGAGUAUGAGAGACACAUGAAAAGCUUUGGAAUAUCAGCAGUACAGUACAAUACAGUUCCAACCACUACCUGGAAGGACAGUACAGUGUACACUAAACCAGUUCCACAAUAUCAAACAAACAAACAUCUAGAUAUCAAAGAGGAGGAUACAGAUCUUGAUCUCAGUGAAGCCUGUAAUCUAACCAACAAGGAACUAGACGACCUAAUGGAUGAUGACACCCAUCCUGUCUCCUCCUGCGACCCAAUGCUGUCCUCUCCUGCCCCAUCCUCCACCCUCUCCUCCUCCUCACCCACCUCCAUCUACUCAAACGACGAUACCCUCUCCCCGGACUCUAUUGACCUGCUCUGACAGACCCCCGAGAGGACUGGAGGAUUCAAGACAGCUUCCAACCCUCUCAACAAAACCUUAAAGAGACAGAUUUCGGCAAAUGUUCAAAAGCUCCUCAGCGCCGACUUCUACAUGCUUUCACAAGAGAACAGCUUUUCCCGUCAGGAGAGUCGAGAUUCAUUGAUUGAGGUAGCGCUGGACAAUACGGAGCAAAUAGUAUCAAAACUACUUGGCAAGAACAGCAGAAAUGUUCUAAACUCGAGGCAGACAGCCCAAGAGCUGUGAUCCUAGCUUGUGUCAAUACCUGGUCACCACAGAGCUGUCAUUUCAGCUGUGCGGUCAACUUCUAGAAUCGAACUUAAUAUAGAAACAGUAACAAACAAGCUGUUAAAUUGUUAAACACUUACUUCCUGUACAUCUGAUAGAGUACAAUACUACUCUCUAGCUAUAUACUAGCUUAUUCUUUAUUUUCCUGUGAUGUUCAUAGCUAUUACUAAAUAGCCCGGUAGAGAUUAGUUGGCUAGGGUUUGUUAAUUUUUAGCUGCAGUGUGUUCAGAUAUACGUAAAUGCCUUCUCAUGUUAAGGAGAUCACACAAAAUCCUGUUAGACUAACUGUUAUAAUUAUAUAUCCAAGGAAAUUUUAUCAUAUGUUAAUUAAAUAAGGGAUCAAAUUUUGGAGCAGUGUUGGAUUUAUCAGCUCCGGACUUCUCCAUUCUUUAAGUGUUAAAUUUUUCAAGCUGAUUCUUUGUAAAUAUGAAGCAUAUCAAUGUUACACUCUGUUAUUAUCCUUGCUAUUUAAAUGUAUCCAGUUGUAUGGUUCAUCAAUACUUUUUUAUUACAACUCAAUUCUAAAAUCAAUCCAUUUUUGCAAACAAUGAAUUGAUUAAAAUUGACAAAUAUUGAGUUUAGCAACUAAAACAAUUGUACAAAUGCGCUAAGUAGCUGAUUUCAUUUACAAAGUGAACUAGGGAGCUGAUUAAAUGUACAAAUUUUAAGCAAUCAGCAAGCAGAUACAAUGUACACACAGUGAGCUCAGCAGCUGAUUUUUAGCAGCUUAUUUAAUGAACAAAUUGCUACAAUUGUAGAUACAAGCAAAUACUUAGCGAAGCAGCUAACUAAUUGUAUAAUUUUUAAACUAAGUAGUUGAUUUAAUGUACAAACAAUAAGUUAAACAGCUUGGUAGAGCUAAGCAGCUUAUUGCGUGUACAAAUGUCCAUAUAUAUGAAACAAACACUAAGCGAAGCAGCUAACUUUUCAAACUAAGCAGCUGAUUAAAUGUACAAAUAGUGAGCUAAAUAGCUGAUUAAAUGUACAAAUAGUUAGCUAAAUGGCUGAUUAAGUGUACAAAUAGUGAGCUAAAUGGAUGAUUAAAUGUAAAAAUAGUGAGCUAAAUGGCUGAUUAAAUGUACAAAUAGUGAGCUGAAUGGCUGAUUAAAUGUACAAAUAGUGAGCUGAAUGGCUGAUUAAAUGUACAAAUAGUGAGCUAAUUGGCUGAUUAAAUGUAAAAAUAGUGAGCUAAGUAGCUGAUUAAAUGUACAAAUAAAGUUCAAGCCGCUGAUUCAAUGCAACCUAACUGGUUAAAAAAUACAUCCAGAGUUAUUAUUCUUAAUUAGAAAUUUGACCAAAUUUGUAGUCAGAAAACAAAGAUCGAGCAGAAGAAAAAACAGCUGAUACCUUGCUCAACAGCUGAUAAUAUUAAAUAACUGAAAUCAGCUGAUUGGCCAGUCACCUUUGUUUAACAUUAUUAUUAUGUCUACAUAAUGUCUCUGUUACUGAAUGAGUUUGUAUAAAAGGAAUAUUGGUUUACUGAAAAGACUCUCAAACAUUUUAAUACAAUAUUAACCUGGUAUUACGGUAUUACAGGCAGGGUUAGGUCGAUAAACAUGGCAACCGUAGUGUGCACUGUUACAACAGUUAUCCAUUUUGUAGUAUCAUUUGUUCUUGACAUAACCCUGUUCUAGAAUAUUCCAAUUUUUGUGUGCUUUUACUUUUGAAUUCCUUAAGUUGCUGGAGUACUUUUACUUCAAUACCUUCCUGGAGUAAUAUUCCUUCAAUGUAUUUCUGGAGUACUUUUACUUCAAUAAAUUCCUGUAGUACUAUUCCUUCAAUAUAUUACUGGAGUACUAUUCCUUCAAUAUAUUCCUGGAGUACUAUUUCUUCAAUACCUUCCUGGAGUACUAUUACUUCAAUAUAUUUCUGGAGUAUUGAUCCUUCAAUACAUUCCCGGAGUACUAUUCCUUCAAUAUAUUCCUGGAGUACUAUUCCUUCAAUGUAUUUUGGAGUACUUUUACUUCAAUACAUUCCUGGAGUACUAUUCCUUCAAUGUAUUUCUGGAGUACUUUUACUUCAAUAAAUUCCUGUAGUACUAUUCCUUUAAUAUAUUCCUGGAGUACUAUUCCUUCAAUAUAUUCCUGGAGUACUAUUUCUUCAAUAUAUUCCUGGAGUACUGAUCCUUCAAUAUAUUCCUGGAGUACUGAUCCGUCAAUAUAUUCCUGGAGUACAAAUUCUGCAACAUAUUCCUGGAGUACUGAUCCUUAAAUAUAUUUCUUGAGUAUUGAUCCAUUAAUAUAUUCCUGGAGUACUGAUCCAUCAAGUAUUGAUAGUUAUAAAACAAUGAUUCUUUAAAGUUUCAGAACCUUUAUAAUUCGUGUUAUUUGAAACAGUUUGAUCUUAAAAAGACUUUAUUAAGAAUUUAAUUGUCGUAACACCUUGAAAUCAUGACUGCCAGCCACUGUAAACUUGAUCUAAAAUCUGAUUUACUUUCAAUACUCGGGUUCCGAACCAUCUAACAUGUUUUGUAAAACAAAGUAUUUGUGAGCAAAAUGCAGCAGUUUUAUUUACAGCUGAAACCAGUUUAAAAGGUACACAAGGAUAUUUUAGACAUGCCCUUUAACGAUAUUAAUGCUUUGAGGUCUCUGGAUGUUGGCUUUCCCAUAGUAUUUAUGGAUAAUUGUUAUAUUUAAAAAUCAGAUUUAUUUAUUAAAUUCACUGUAGAUUUAUUGUACAUGUAUGACAGAAAAUGACAAAAUAUCAUUGUGAAAAUGAAUCGAUAAAUGAUUAUUAAAAAUAAAAUAAUUUAUGAAUUUGAAAGACGGUAAAAUACAGUGAAUUAUUACACAAAUAUCUACAAAAAACGUGUGAAUGCGUUUUGAUUUUUAAUCGCUGAUCUUCUUUUUCUUUUUUAAGUCUCUGGGACCAAUUAUUAAACAAGGAUGACCAUUUGAACAAUUAAUUAUAUUUAGUUGUUAUUAUCAAUCAUUAUGAUUUUGAAUUAUUAAUGUAGACCCAUGAUAAACCAACCGUCAUUCACACGUUUUUAUCAAAACUGCACUCGGCACCUUCCCCAAAUUAUACAAAUCAAUAAACUUUUUUUUCCAAAUACAAAAAUAGAAUCUGAAUUUACUUCAUACUGAAAAAAGAUGCACUUAUAAAAGAAAACUAAUAUUUCAAAUUGUUUGUUGCCGAGUGUUUGUGUUUGAGUAGUUUAGCUGAGUUUAGGGGUACACCAUGUACACCCUGUAUAUCUGUUUUAACAUUAUUUGCUGAUAGUUUAGGGGUACACCCUGUACACCCUGUAUAUCUGUUUUAACAUUAUUUGCUGAUAGUUUAGGGGUACACCCUGUACACCCUGUAUAUAUGUUUUAACAUUAUUUCCUGAUUAGGAUUUGUUAGCAAUAAAAUAUAAACCACAA